AUGGCACCCAUUGCAGAAACACCACUCAGUGGAUCGGAUCCAAACAUGGAGAAGUCCGCUGAGGAGACAGGGUCUCCUGGUCUGGGGACACCGCAGUCUCCAUCGCAAUUAGAGCAGCAAUCAGACCUAGAUCUCGAGCGACUUGGCCGAGAACGUCCUCCGUGCUUCUCGAAUAUUUGGUCGGAACUGACUUUUGGAUUUUCGAUUGUCAUGUCCCAGAUUCUUGCGGAAUAUUACAUAUCUGGCUCAAAUGUUCUUGUUCCGACGCUGGUCAAGGAAUUGCACAUCCCAGAAGCGUCGGUGGUAUGGCCAUCCACCGCACUGUCUCUCGUGGUUACGUCCACGCUUCUUAUAUUCGGUCGACUUGGAGAUAUGUAUGGGGGUUAUGUGCUCUACCUUGCAGGGGCAGGCUGGCUGACAGUCUCAUCAAUCCUGGCCGGCUUCUCUCAAACCUGGCUAAUGCUCAUCAUUUGCCGAGCUCUGCAAGGAUUUGCUCUUGCCGCGUUCCUUCCGUCGGGGAUAAUGAUCUUGGGUAGCACAUAUCGACCCGGUCCGCGGAAGAAUCUCAUUUUCAGCGUCUACGGCGCAUGUGCGGCGUUGGGUUUCUUUGCCGGGAUUUUCUUUUCAGGCUUGUGCAGUCAGUUCCUCUCCUGGAGAUGGUACUUUUUCAUUGGAGCAAUCCUUUCCGCUGUCACGUUCAUCUCUUCGUAUUUUUCAGUUCCCAGCGAUUUUGCUGAGAGGAAAAAGGCCAACGUGAAAAUGGACUGGGUCGGAUGCUGUCUUUCCGUACCAGGAGCUGUCCUGUUCGUGUUUGCGAUUGCGGAAAGUUCCUACGCACCGCAAGGAUGGAAAACACCAUACAUCCCAGUUUGCUUCUGCCUGGGAGUGAUUUUUCUGGGACUUAUGGUCUACAUGGAAGGCUGGGUGGUCGAGAACCCCCUGCUUCCGGGGGACUUGUUUGCAGUCAAAUACCUGACACCGUUGGUCAUUGCACUGCUUUUGCUCUACGGGAGUCUCGGCAUAUACUUUUUAUACGCAGUUCUAUACAUGUCGGAUGUCAUGGGUGCGGGCCCGCUACAAAUCGUGGCGUGGACAGCCCCCAUGGGGGUCGGAGGCCUCAUCCUUGCGACCGCAGGAGGGUUUAUCAUGCACAAGGUCUCGGGCACGCUCCUCAUGCUUAUCUCCUGCAUUGGAUACGCCGGCUCGGGGUUGUUCUUCGCUGUGAUUCCCGAAGCCAAACAGGGAUUGGCCGGGGCACUGAUCAAUUGCACUCUACACUUCGGCAUUGCCGUUUUUUUGGGGUUCGCGGAUAUUGUCAAGUCGGAAACAGAGCAUCUUGGCCAGUUUAAGAGCUUCAAGGCUGUUUUCUGUCAUGGUACACUGGAGCAUGUGAGUGGUUGCCUGAAAAAAUGGGCGAAGGCGGUGAGGCGAGGCGCUUUUCCGCCUCCGAGAUUAGAUCCCCGCAAAACUUCAGCCAACUGUCCACGACGUCAGUCAGUUAGAAACCCCUCGGAGCUCGUCAAAAUGAAGAUCCUCUAUAUCGGAGUCCUACAGAAUGCCCAACAGCCGGCGGUGGAGCUGUGUGCGGAGCGCGAGCUCACCAGUUACUCGCGCUUCACUAGGGGCAGCAUCAGCGAGUUCAUGACCAUGUUCAGCAAGACGGUCGCUGAGAGAACAAAGCAAGGCCAGAGACAAGAUAUCCAGGAGCAAGGCAAGUGGUUGCCCGUGUCUAGCAUCGCCGGUGUCAUUAUCAGCGACAACGAAUACCCCUCGCUGGCCGCCCAUCAGAUCCUCUCCAAGGUCCUCGAUGAGUUCCUCACCCUCAACCCCAACGCGGGCUCCUCCACCCAGCCGGUCCCCUUCCCCUCCCUGAAGACAUACAUCUCGGCCUACCAGGACCCACACCAGGUGGACAGCAUCAUGAAGAUUCAGAAGGAGCUGGACGAGACCAAGAUUGUUCUCCACAAGACUAUCGAGAGCGUCCUGGAGCGUGGAGAGAAGAUUGAUGACCUGGUCAAUAAGAGUGAGGGUUUGUCCUCGCAAUCGAAGAUGUUCUACACCUCUGCGAAGAAGCAGAAUAGCUGUUGCAUUCUUAUGUAAGAGAGAUCCCAUCGGAGCGGGGAAACCAUCUUCAAUAUCACUGUAAACUGUCCUGGGAGAGUUUCUCGAUUCCUGGACUGCUUGAUUUCAAUCUGUUCGAAGCGUUCUCUUUGUUUAUUGCAGCUAUAGUUGGCAUUCGCUUUUAGUUUUGAUACAGUAAGCUAUUUGCAUGAAAUUUGGUGCACUGGUGGUGGAUUAACCAUACUUGAAAGGUCAAUGGAGCAUUGUGAAGCCGAAUCUCACCAUUUAAGACCCCACUUACACUUAGAAGAACAUGCAAUUGUUGUUGAGCCG